UGAAAACAUGAAUUGUUUGACAAUUUUUAAGAUUAAAACUUAUUUUUAAUAAUUGAAUAUAAAUUUGAUGUGAAUUUUGUAUAAAUUAAUUGAUUUAAUAUAUAUUUUUGUCAAUUUUCAAUGAAUAUCGCGAAAACUAUUUACCACUAAAUACUGGAUUUAAGACAAACUGAUUGGAGAUAUUUAUCUCCUAAUGACUCGGAUUUCGCCGAAAGACUUGUCGAAGAGAUUGAAUCAUUCAGACAAAGAGAUCAUCUCAAGAGUGUUCUCGUGUUUCCUCCACUUCUGCCUAAAUAUCGAUAUUUCGGCCAAACAUUGGGAACCGUUUCCAUCGGAACAGAAGGCAAUCGACGACCACUUGUUUACUAUAAGUCAGUCAUUGGUUGCAAAGAAAUGGAUUCAAGUGAUG